CAGGCUGCAGCAGCAGGAUGUAACAGCCUGUAAUAGCCUUUGAUAGUAUUUGAUUGUCUCUUAUGGUCCCUAAUAGUCUCUGGUGGUCUCUGAUAGCCUUUGAUAUUUUUUUUAUCAUUUCUGAUGCUCUCUGGUAUUCUCUGGUGGUCUAUAAUGGUCCCUGGUGGUCUUUGAUGAGACAGGGAAUCGCUCAGCUCAACUGGCCGGAGUUUCAGUCUCUAUGGGACAAAAUCAGGAGGUGGACGGACAUAUUUCUGAUGUUUGACAAGAACAAAACCAAACGUCUCGAGUAUCAAGAGGUCAAACCCGCUCUGAGGGAAGCAGGCAUCAUGGUGGACGACUUGGUGAUGCAGCUGGUCGGACUGAGAUACACGGAGCCUGACAUGACCAUCAGUUUCCCAGGUUUCCUGUAUCUGGUGAUGAAGAUGGAGAGCAUGAUCCAUAAGUUUCAGUCGUACGACAUGAUGGGUAUGGGAACGGUGAACGUCAGCUACAGACAG